CAUGUAUUCGAUUUCGUUGGUCGUUUUUGGGCUACUGAUGGGUUUGGAGUGUUACAGUAGCAGAUUUUUGUUGCCUCCUGUGCCCGAUGUCGUCUAUCCACCUGUGCCUGAUAUCGGUUAGUGACGAAGGUUUAUCUAAUAUCACGUUAUCUGAUGAAGAAACCAUGGAUCCAGAGCUCUCUCCAGGACUAUUCCAAGGGGACAUGGCUUUGACGAACGAUUUUUACAAUUUCUGGAGAGUAGGAUUAAAAUUUGACAUAUUUCCCGACAAAUUAUGGAAAAACGGAGUCGUACCUUAUACUAUCAGCCCUUUAUAUGAACCAUCUGAGUUAGUGACAAUUCUGAAAGCAAUCAAACUAAUAAAUUUCAUGUCUUGUGUUAGAUUGGUACCAUGGGAUGGUAAUGCUAAGGACUACCUAUUGAUAUGGCCCAUAAAGUAUCCCAAAGGUUGCUGGUCUUUCGUUGGAAGAUAUGGAGGUGCCCAAAUACUUAGUCUACAACCGCCAGAUAAUAAAGGACCUAACUGUCUAGGUACAGAAGGAAGGGCCAUUCAUGAACUCAUGCACGCUUUGGGGGUUUUCCAUGAACAGUCAAGAUGGGACAGGGAUAAAUUCGUGAAAAUCCACAUGGACAAUAUCAUACCCCAAUUCAAGGCGAAUUUCGACAAGCAGAGCUUAGACAACACAACAUACAGCUUUGAAUACGACUACGAUUCCAUCAUGCACUAUGGGAGGUUUUUCUUCAGUAAGAAAAAGGGAAAGCCGACUAUUACGCCGAAGCAACCCAACGUUAAGGGUAUCGGUCAAAGAAAAGCCAUGUCUAAGGGUGACUGCAUGAAAUUGAACGAUCUUUAUGGGUGUUAUAAGACUCCAGCAAAAAGAAGGAAGUAUUACAAUAUUUGUAAUUUUAUGGGUUUGUAAAAUACAAAAUUUAGCUCAAAUUUGGUGUCCAAAACUAACUAAUAUACCUAGUUGUAUUCUUGUUUGAUAGUGUAUAAAUGCC